AUGUCCAUCCUGGUGCGCCCGCUGAAGCGCAAGCUGCACGAGGUCGACCCCGACGAGGGGCCUCGGAAGCAUGCCAGCCCAGUGUCGUGGCCGACGGCUCGGUCGCUGCCUGGUUCACGGCGGACAAGCGAACAGCUCGAAGAGCACAGCGACUCAUACACCCCCCAGGGUUCGCUGCGAGAACUGCAUUCCAACCACGGUUCCCCGGUCCUUUUCGACAAUGGCCCCCUCCAGACUCCCCGCCGGUUCACACCCAAGGCAUCCGUCGUUCUGAUCGGGAUUCGAGGCACGGGUAAAUCGAGCUUGGCCGUUAUACUGGCAGCGACAUCGGGCCGACGACUGAUCGAUGCCGACCGAUAUUUCCAACAAAUGACCGGCUGCUCGCGCGCCGCGUUCAAGAAGGAUAACGACCACGCCGUAUAUCGCCAGCAGGAAGCCCGGGUGUUUGACUCGAUGCUGACCGAUAAUCAAGAAGGAUGUGUGAUUGCAUGCGGUGCUGGCUCAAUGGAGCGCACUGGUCAACGACUCCUCCGAGAGUAUGCGCAGACACAUCCUGUCAUUCAUGUCACCCGUGAUCCGGAAAGCAUCCAGUCGUAUCUGAAGGCAUGGGACACGCAGAAAGUGCGGCACUUUCUCCAACUCUCCGGACCAAUCUACCGAGGCUGUUCAAACCUGGAAUUCUUUAAUCUGUCCGAGACCACCAACUCCAGUGGCGAGCUGAUGACCAAGGACGGCCACGACCCAUCGCCAGGGCCGAAGUUGGACCAACGAGCACAAACACCGACUCCCUUCUUGACACUGAAGCGCGUUCAGCGAGACUUCCUCAGCUUCAUCGCUUUCGUGACUGGCGACACCACCGAGAUGAGGCGGCAGCAUGCCUCCUUCCCGCUUUCGCUAUUGCCCGUUGAAACCCGACGUUUUACAUCUGUGGUCUCUGUUCCAUUCUCUACUCUCUGCAAGAAGAAACUGGAUAUCGAGGAGUUGGAAUUCACCGUCGAUGCCUUCGAGCUAGUGAUCGAUGUUCCUGCGUCUUCGAAUCAACAGGGCGCUGACUCCAACCUCGCAGAUAACAUCUGUCAAACGGUGGCCACCAUUCGGCGCAAUAUCAUUGUGCCCUUGGUUUAUCACGUGGAGAGUUAUACUCCCUCACCAGGAUCUCGGUCACCAACUCCAACCUUUCGAUCUACAGAUGAGACCUAUCUCAAUCUCGUCCGACAUGGGCUACGACUUGCACCGAGUUUCUUGACUGUGGACUUGUCGCGCGACGACAGCACCAUCUCUCAGAUUAUCAGUUCGAGGGGCACAACGAAGAUCAUUGGUCAUUUUGAGGCACAUACGCCUCUCCCUGGAGGCUGGGAUGGAGACGAAUAUAUGAAAAUAUAUGAGCGUGCAAAGAGAAUCGGCUGCGAUGUGGUGCGGAUGUGUCAACCCGCUGAGAGCUUGGAUGACAACGUUGCCGUGCAGCGGUUCCGACACCGCAUCCAAAGCCUGCCAGUCUCAGCACUGCCUCUGAUCCUCUACAACACUGGGCCUCUGGGUCGCAGGUCCCGUUGCUUUAAUCCUACUCUUACACCCGUCACACAUCCCUCUCUCAUUCACGAAAGUCCUACCCUGCUACGACCCAGCAUCACCGCCCGCGAGGCACAACAAGCCCUGUUCAGCUCCUUUACCUUGGACCCGAUGCAAUUUUUCGUCUUCGGUGCCAAUGUGGAAUACAGUAUGUCGCCCGCCAUGCAUAAUACAGCCUUCAAGGUGUGUGGCAUGCCUCAUUUCUACUCCAUCUUCCAAUCGCCUACUUUGCGGGGCUUGAAUGACCUCGUCGAGAACCAAUACUUUGGCGGUUCGAGUGUCAGUCUCCCUUACAAGACCGAAGUUAUCCCCCUUCUCCACUCCAUGUCGCCGCAUGCUCGGGCAAUUGGCGCCGUCAAUACGCUCAUUCCAAUCCGCAAUAAUGACGAUGCGGAUCCCCACCUCGCACAAGAAUCGUCCGUCUACAUCGAGAAGUGUCGCGCUGGCCCUAUCAAGGGAAUCCACGGCGACAACACUGAUUGGAUCGGAAUUUGUAAUUGCAUUCGCCGAGGCCUGUCACCAGCCAAUGCAGUCCGUCCCUCGACAACUGGUCUCGUCAUUGGAUCUGGUGGUAUGGCGCGUGCCGCCGUGUACUCGCUGAUUCACCUCGGCGUGGAGAACAUCUUUGUUUACAAUCGCACCCUUUCCAACGCCGAGAAGCUCGCCCACCAUUACAAUCGACAGGAAAUCUUUUCUCUUGAGGGGAGUCGACCCGACGGGCGCCCUCGCGUGAGCACGCUUCGCUCAUUGGAUGAUCCUUGGCCCGCUACCUACAAACAUCCGACCAUCAUUGUAUCUGGUAUCCCAGCGCAUAGCAUCGGCGGACAGCCCGCGCCCAAUUUCAACGUCCCGACCCAAUGGCUUGAAAGCCCGACGGGUGGCGUCGUUGUUGACCUGGCCUACAAACCCCUUAACACCCCUUUGAUGAAACAAAUGCGUGCCCUCUCCCACCGCGGCUGGGUUGCGCUCGACGGGCUGGACGUCCUCCCCGAGCAGGGCUUCGCACAAUUUGAGCUCUUCACCGGCCGCCGCGCCCCCCGCCGCUUGAUGCGAACCAUUGUCCUGCAAGAGUACGAAGACGAAGAAGGACACGAUGACCGCAGCGCCAUCCAAGAUCGGCUGCAGAAUUUGGACGGUCAGCCGACCUGA